UUGUGGAAACUUGAACCAUGGACAAAAACCAGCUAGCCUUGGGUUUUAGACUUUCUCACUCUCACAUACAUAAUAUCACAUCUCUUACUCUUACUGUAUUUAAGCAUUAACCACCUCAACUCUCAGUGGCUUAUGAGAUCUGAUCUCUCAUCAAUUUCUCAAGCCCAACAUUUGCUAUAUACUCUCUGCUCUAAAUGAAGAUAUUAAGUUGGAUGCAAAGCAAGCUCAAAUAUGGCAAACAUAAUGAGAACAACUGCAAGAAAACAAUAACCUCAAAACCGUUUCCCCAGGCACCAGUACCAAUAUUAGUGCAACAAGCUGAAAAUUCAUCAGGGAAAGAAGAAGUGAAUGAUUGGCUUUAUGGAUUGCUGGCAAUUGGGACAUUAGGAAAUAAUGACAUCAAUAAAGAAGAUCUCUAUAAUUCUGAUCCUCAUCAUCAUGAGACCAUUAAUAAACCACCACCACCAUCAUCAUCAUCAUCUUUAUUAUUAAGAGACCCAAAAUGUGAGGCUGAUGAUGAUGAUGAGGAGGAAGAUGGAAGCUUGGAGCUACAAAUUGAUUUGAAGUCAUUAAUAUUGAUGCAUGAUAAGGAAGCAGCAGCAGGUGCUACUGGUGAUCAUCCCUCCUUGGAAAGAUUUCUAAGUAGACAAUCACAAUCAAUUUUGGAACUCUGUAAGAGUACUAGUAAUAAUACUAGUGGUACAACCUUAGCUCUCAACAGAGGAAAAGAUGUUACUACGGACAACACUACAAAAAAUGCAAUUGUUGGCAAGAAAUCCUUUUCUUUUCUUCUUAAGAAGAUUUUUGUUUGUUCAAGUGGCUUUCCUAACUCACCUCCCACUCCAAAAUCUCCCACUUCAGAACAAAGAAUGGAAAAGAUACUAAGAGCAAUACUUCACAAGAAGAUAUAUCCCCAAGGUUCAAGUAAUCCAUCAUUGUCUAUGAAAAAGUACAUAGAGAAUAGACAUAAUGAAGACGACUUAACUGAUGAACAGAAAAAUGCAGUACUCAAUGGAAGCAAAUGGGUCAAAACUGAUUCUGAAUACAUUGUUUUAGAGAUAUAAGCUUAGCUGACACGUCAUCAUCGACAGCUAGGCUUCGGAGAAUACAGGGUUUUAAAUAGAAGUUCAAACCCAUAUUGUUGGAGGAAGUAAUUAAUUGGAGGUGCAGUAAUUUGGGAUCACCAAAGAAUUGUUUACACACCUUAUGAUAUAUAAAAAAUAAUAUCAUUAUGUACGUAUAGUUAUAUAUAUAUAUGUGAUAUAGUGAAAAGGCAGGUGACUUUACUUUAGCUUGU